AUGGUGGAGGUGCCGCGCAAUUUUCGUCUGCUGGAGGAACUUGAGGCGGGUGAAAAAGGGACAGGGUCGAACCAGAACGUGUCGGUCGGCAUUAGCGGCACGGACGACAUUUAUCUCCAUCACUGGAACGGGACCAUCGUUGGACCGGCCGGCACAACGUUUGAGAAUCGCAUUCUUUCCCUAGAGAUCUUCUGCGAUGAAGACUACCCGAACAGGCCGCCGCACAUCAAAUUUGUCAGCCGCGUGAAUCUGCCGUGCGUGAAUGCGGACGGCACGGUCGACAAGACGAAGUUCCACAUUUUUAAGAACUGGGAGCGCCGCUACACGAUGGAGAACUGUCUUGCCGAGUUGCGGCGCGAGAUGGCGCAGCCGGCAAACAAGAAACUCCCGCAGCCGGAGGAGGGCUCAAAGUACUAA